AUGGGUAUUUGUUUAGACACAGAUGCCAGCGCGGCACAAGAUACCGGCGAACCAGGCAACGAUUGGAAUCAUACACGAAAUCGGAAUGGCCAAAAUUCUGGCGACUUGGAAGCCGCCGCUAUAGCAUCGGGGGCUACUACCAAUGUCGUCGGUAUCGAUAUGCAAAAUGCUGGAAAAAUCAAAUUCGAUCCGCCCAAAGUGCCAGUGAUAUUUGUUUUAGGCGGCCCCGGUAGUGGCAAGGUAACCCAUUGCGAUACUUUCAUGCAGGAGAGACGUGGUGUAACGCACAUCAAUAUGAUGGAUCUGCUGCAGCAAUAUGCAAUGGGAAAUGACAUGCAGGACUUUUCGCAACUAUCAUCAAAAACGGUCACCGAAGUUCUGAUGUUGGAAAUGAAAAUGGCUCCAGCUGCCAAAGCAUACCUAAUAUCUGGAUAUCCACGCUCCAUGCGCGACGUUGUUGAGUACUCGGAGAAGAUACAAGUCGUCAAUGGCGUGAUCUUAAUAUCGUGGCGCCAAUCGGUAUUGCAAAAGCAAAUCGAUUAUGGUGCCAAAUUGGGUCAUGUUGUACUCUCCCUAGCCAAAAUGGAAUUGGAAAAUUUCUUUAAAAAUGUGAUGCCAGUCGCUGAUUAUUUUGAUCAAAGCGAUAUGCUAUUGGCCGUUAAUGGCGAGCGUGCACCCACAGAGGUGUAUAAAGAUUUUCGCACCGCUGUCUUAGAUAUACUAAGCACGCUCGAGAAUCAAGAGGCCAUGAUGAAUGGAGUUACAGGUAUGGGCAGAGGGAUACAUGAUAUACCCGGCAGUAUAGUUAGCGUAGACACUGCACCUAGUCAAGCCCAAGCGACUCACAUUGCAGACGACAACGAGAAUGCCACAGAGACCGAGACCAUCUUGCCACUGGCCAUCGAUCAGAGCAGUGUGGCACAGCAUCAGGGUAUCGGCAACACCACUACGACCAGUGCUGACGAUGACAGCGGUGUGGUUGUCACACAACAGCCAAAGCGACAAACGGAUUCCGCGAAUCUGCCAGUUUUGCCACCCAUUAUAUGGGUGAUUGGUGGACCCGGCAGCAACAAGGCCACACUUUGCCUCAAGGCUGUGGGUUUGAAUCCAGGCUGGGCGCAUGUUAGUGUGGGUCGCAUUUUGCGUAAUAUUACAGACUCUGCGCCACGUGCCAAUACCGAAAGUUAUGCGGUUAAGGAGGCUCUGGCUGCUGGCGAUAUGGCACCGGAAAAGUCAUUAAAUCAAUUACUAGAAACGAAUCUGCGCCAGCUGCUCGACCGAACGGGCAUCAUCAUUGAUGGCUAUCCGCGGAAUCUGCAGCAAGUUAGAUACUUUGAGAAUAAGUACCAGCAACGUCCACCGAUUAUACUGCUGGACUGCUCGAAGCUGCAGCUGGGACGGGGACGCAUAGACGAUACAGUGUCCUCGUUCAGACGUCGAUUGGAACUAUUUAGGGAGCAGACUUUGCCCAUGCUCAAGACCUUGGAUACCAGCAAUCGCUUGCAGAUUGUGGAUGGCGAUACGGACAGUCCGUCGGUGCAGCGUGAAUUUGAGCGUCUUAUACGGAAUCAUAUCCAACAGCUGCUGAACCAAGGCGACGACACAGAUGCCACCGCACCGCUGGGUAAUCAAGUGCUACGCAACGAGCAAACGGAUGCCAUACUGCACGAUCUGGAGACGAAUGUCCCGGGGGCAGUGCCCACGAUCAGUCAUCAUGUGAGCAUGAUGAAUGGACAUCUCAAAAAUCGCAGCAGUGCCCGUGGCCACUCCAGUGGCAAGCAACCCACACAAAUGAUGAAUGGCCAUGUGCCGGGUCGACCACCCACUGGCCCUGUGCCACAGCCCGUGCCCGUGGACUUUAGGCACAUGCUGGAGGAGGCCGAGCGAUAUCCGGUGGACUCGUAUAUGUAGAUCUCAAACAGAAUUUAAUUGCAAGGUUUUAUAAUAGUUUUCUAAUCCGAAAUAGUCUAAGGUUUGUUGAGGGACCAUUUAGGUUUUGCAGUCAUCAGAUUCC